AUUCUUCCCAGCGAUGGGUCUGUGCAAGACCAGAAUCAACGGCCUGUCCGUCUCUACCCGGAAGUGCCAGAAGUGCUGCACCUGUUGGACAGCGAAGGGAUCGCCAUGGCAGCUGCCUCUCGGACAGGCGAGAUCCAAGGAGCCAGGCAACUGUUAGAUCUUUUCGGCUUAAAUCUCUGCUACUUUCGCUACACUGAAAUUUACCCUGGCAGUAAAACCACCCAUUUCCAAAGGUAAAAAAAACA